CAACACGGCUACUUAUUCAUCCACCUCGAUAGCUUGCUAGGCAACAUGAAACCGAAAUAUUGAAGCUCUUUAGCCCAUUCUUGUGUAUAUUAGUCUCAGUGUUUUAAACUCAAUUAUGUUAACGUAUCAACUGCUUAAUUGUAACGUCAUUUGCAUGUUAAAUGUGUUAACUUGAUAAGAUUGAUACUGAGCCCGGCACUAGGCUUGUCUCUAACGCUAACCAGCUAAUGCUAUUUAGCGAACUAAUAUCCCCGACCAUGAGCUCACUAAGCUACUUCUCCCCUGCAAAAGAGGUCUGCUGGACUCAGAAAGAAGCUCUGGGGCUGAACAUUGUCGUAAAAGAGGAUGAUAUUACAGUGAAAGGAGAGGAAGAAGCUUUCAGAAUUAAAAAGGUGGAAGAGGAGGCUAUCGUAUUAAAAGAAGAGGAGGAUGUUACAGUGAAAGAAGAGAAUGAAACUUUAGGAGUGAAAGAGGAAGAGGGGAUACAGGCUGUCACAGUGGAAGAGGAGGUAGAAGCUUUCAGAAUGAAAAGGGAGGAAGAGGAGGCUGUUUCAGUGAAAGAGGAACCUUUUGGGGAGGAAGAGGAGGCUGUCUCAAUAAAAGAGGUUGAAGCCGUUCUGGGAGUGAAAGAGGAGGAGACAGAAGUUCUGAUUAACACCAGAGAGAGACAUGACUAUGGUGGAUCCUCUGGGGAGCCUCAACAACGUCCUGAUGCUGACGAGGCAGAGAAGAGUCUCUCCAGAUCAGAACACCAGAUGGACAACGCUAGCCCUUCCUCCCUCCCGGAGUCCCUGUGUCGUGCCUCUCCCGGUAGCACCUUACUGCUGGGUAUGAAGAGGUUGUCUGUGCUGCUGGUGGACUGCAGGAAAACAACAGGGCUGAGUGGAACUGUGAGAGGAGGAGAAGAGAAGAAAGGAUCAGAUUUGACACAUCAAAGAGAGAGAUCAGACUCUCACGUUGACAGCGGUACGAGUCCUUCGGGGGAUCCGGACCCAGCGGCGUCCAAACCAGCUGGACGACACCACUGCGCCCAGUGUGGAAAGAGUUUUAACCAUUUAGGGAACCUGAAAACGCACGGGAGGACACAUACGGGAGAGAAGCCGUACCACUGCCCCCUGUGUGGAAAGCGAUUCACCCAUUCAGGGAGCCUGAAAGCACAUACGAAAAUACACACAGGGGAGAAGCCUUAUCACUGUUCUCAGUGCGGAAAGAGAUUUAUCCAGUUAGGGAACCUGGAAUCACACGAGAGAACCCACACAGAAGUAAAGAGGCUUUUUCACUGUUCUCAUUGUGAAAACACUUUUAAGAAUUUAGGGAACCUGAAAGUGCAUGAGAAAUGCCACACAGGGGGGAAGCUUUUCCGCUGCUCCCAGUGUGGAAUGAUAUUUACCCAGUUUAGGCACCUGACAGACCAUGAGGUAACACACACAGGGAAGAUGCCUUACCACUGCUCCCAGUGUGGAAAGACAUAUUUCACGUCACAUGCACUUAGUCUUCAUGAGAGAACACACACAGUGCUCCCGCCCUUAUCUCAUAUUUUUGACUGAAAAAUCGUGGUUUUUUUUGUUGGUUUAUGCCACAUGAAAUCAAAUUGUAGAAAGUAUACUCGACAACGACGACGAAACAAAUGUUACCCUCUGUUUCUUCUUGA